AUGUGGCGACAGGAAGACACAGAAGAAGGUAAUCACCAACUUCUAACAUUGGUUCAUGGAGUGGACCGUAAAGGAAGACCAGUAAUCAAGGCAUAUAUUGGAAACUCUAAGCAUCCUGUAUAUCAAGAGUAUCAACACGCCAUUGAUAAACACUGUCAAAAGGCUGCGAGGCUCGCUGCUUCCUCCAGAGCCACUUUUUCGCCACAUGGGGCUAACAACAGUCGUUUUUAUUAUUAUUCAGAGAGUUGUAGUGAAUCCUCACCUUGCACUCGCGUUCUUACUCGGAAUACCUUGAAUGUUACCGGCGCUAGAUCAAGGCCCAUGAUACCUGACUUACGAGACAUGCGUUUUAUGAGUUCCAGACUGCGAUGUUCGUUAAUGUUACACUCGUGUUUAGGAGAAACGGGGAAAGAACGUGACUUUCCACCACGCAUUCCCAUUCGGGUCAAGAAACAGCCCCCUUCAGACUGUCCAAAGAAAGGGACACCUCCUUCGACACAAAACUCUGCGGGGGAGACGAUUAAAGAUAAAAAUGUAACACAACCUGCUUCCUCGGAGGCUAAAAAGAAAGGUUAUUGCAAGGGUUGCAAAGUUUAG